AAAGAUCAGCCAGCAGAGAGAGAGAAGAGAGAAAGGUAGACUAAUCCUCUUGGGUCCAAGGAAAGGUAGUACAGUCUUCAUCAGGACAAAAAAAGACUCAGGACAGAGAAGUGAGAAGCUGGGAAGGAGUUCACUAUCAGGUUUGCCAAGAGUCAAGUAGGCUAAAAAGUUUUCUGUGUAGGCUUCUUACUUCAUGGAAUAAAAGGAGAAGGAAAAGGUCAUUCUGUAGUUCAAUCAGGUGAGAAUUAGAAAUUCCAGGUGUCAAGUCAGAAAUUCUAAAAGUACAAAGACAAUGACGUUUGAAGAAAAGCCUGAGGGCAAUGGGAGCCUUGUAGAUGAGAACCAGCUAGACCUGAGUGCGAAGCAUCAGGCAAACGGGAAGCCAGGAGCAAGUGGGAGAGCCAAGCUCCCUGCAAGGCAGGAGGCAAACACGAAGUCCGGCUUGCCCAGAAAAAGCCUCAGCACGUACACCUGGCAGGAAAUCCAGAGACACAAUCAGGAGACUGACCAGUGGCUGGUGAUCAAUCGCAAAGUCUACGAUGUUACUGGCUGGGCGGACAGGCAUCCCGGUGGGCGGCUGGUCCUCAACCAUUGCGCUGGGGAAGACACCACGGACGUCUUCAGAGCCAUGCAUCCAGACCCUGAUAUUGUGCGGUUGUACCUUAAACCACUGCUCAUUGGAGAGCUUGCUCCAGAAGAGCCCAAUCAGGAGAGAAACAAAAACUCCCAGCUGGUAGAAGAUUUCCAAGAACUGCGGAGGACGUUAGAGACCAUGAAUAUGUUCAGUGCCAACCUGCGGUUCUUCUUCCUUCACCUCGCCCAGGUCUUGAUUUUGGAGGCCCUGGCUUGGGUAAUAGUGUGGCAUUUUGGCAGUGGCUGGCUUAUCACAAUAUUCAUUUCUUUUCUUCUCACGGUUGCUCAGGCUCAGGGUUCAUUUCUGCAACAUGACAUGGGACACCUUUCCAUAUUUAAGAAGUCCAAGUGGAACCGCCUGAUGCAAAUAUUUUUGAUGGGUCAUCUCAAGGGCUUAUCUGCAAAAUGGUGGAAUAACCGGCAUUUCCAACACCAUGUAAAACCAAACAUCUACCCCAAAGACCCAGAUAUUGAUGUAGGCCCACUUUUUGUUAUUGGAGAUUUACAGCCUGUCAAGUAUGGCAAGAACAAAAUCAAAUUCAUCAACUACGAGAAGCAGCACCUGUACUUCUGCACGGUUGGGGCCGCCCUUCUCAUGCCAGUAUAUUUUAACCUGGAUUCCAUUCGAGCGAUGUACUGCAGAAGGUACUGGGAGGACAUUGCCUGGGUCAGCAGCUUUUAUAUCCGCUAUUUCAUCACAUUUGGCCCUUUCUAUGGAAUCUUCGGAACCCUGGUGCUCAUAUACUUAGUCAAGCUUCUUGAAAGUCCCUGGAUUGCAUAUGUUACCCAGGUGAGCCACAUACCAAUGAAAAUGAACACAGAGGAGAACCAGGACUGGUUCAGCUCUCAGGUCUUGGCCACCUGUAAUGUUGAACAGUCCUUUUUCAAUGACUGGUUCACUGGGCACUUGAACUUCCAAAUUGAGCACCAUCUAUUUCCCACAAUGCCACGCCAUAAUUACCACAAGGUGGCACCUCUGGUGAAGUCACUGUGUGCCAAGCAUGGACUACCAUAUGUGAAUAAGCCCAUAUUGAAGGCAUUUGGAGAUAUUAUCAGGGCCCUGAAGAAGUCCGCAGCCCUCUGGAUGGAUGCUUACUACAGCCAUCCAGAAACAUAAUGUGGAUGUGCGUGAGUCUGUGUUAAAGAGAAAGCCACAUGCCCCAAGGUGUCACUUGUGCUAAAGCUCAUGAUACCAAACCUCUCUAAUGCCUGACUUACUUGCAGUUUUAACCUUCCCCAAAGUGAAAUUUUAAUCAACUGUCUGUAAUUUUUCCGGUCAACUAUCUGUAUUUUUUUUGGAUCAGCUAUCUAGGAGGUAAUCUGUUGUCCUCCAUCCCUGACCCCAGCCCAGAGGAAGAAGAGGAUAAAACCCUUGUCAUCCCCUCCCCGUCACUAAAAAGGGUGUCUGCCCUAAAUAUACUUUGCUGAGAGCUUCCUUGCCCCUCUCUUCUUCUGAUAAAAGCCUUCCAUUUGCCCAACCCCUCAGAGCCCCAUUUGAUUAACUUUGUUCAUAAAUCACUGAAUAAAGCCGAUUCAAUCAUCAAAUAUA